AUGGCCGAAAAGAGAAAAAAGUCUUGGAGCUCACUGACACCACCAUACCGCUCCAAAGUCUUGUCCGAAUCUGUGGCUUCCUUUGUGCCGCAUUGCCACCAUGAAUCAGAUUUCGACCAGUUUUUGAAACAAUUGCUUCAAAAAAAUUGCCGCGACCAUUCCGCGCUAGCUGCCUCAAGCUCCAUUCUCCUCAAUGCUCUAGACGCAAAAGCUGUCAUUGGAGGCUUGGCAGCUUUGAGGGCUCAGCAUGCAGAAAGGACGCUUCAUCACCCUAGCAUCACUGUGAAUGAGUUGGAUGAUGUCCUUGUCCACAACACUCCGACCAGGUCGACUUUAGAGAAUUUGGGCUACCCAAUCUCCAGGAACCAUUAUGGCAAGAUCUUGCGCAAGGAAGUCUCCCUGCAGAAAGUUCCGUCUGCAAGUCUUGGUGGGCGGCCCUCACUUGUGAAUAGUGACGAUGCUAUCGCUGCAGUCGGCAAGGUGGUUGAGGAACACACCUUUGAAAGUGAAAGGGUCGUUGUGGUAGGUCACGGCUCGAAGAAGCGUAUGGUUGUGGCAAACCAUCUCACCAAGACCAAGCACCGGCUGUGGUGUGAAAUUGAAGCCUUGCAUGCUGCCAUGUCUUGGGAAAGUUUUAGAAUUAGAAAAGUGUUGCAGAUCCAUUUUCCGCAUAUGCGGAACUCUCGCCGCAACACAGAUGUUUGCUCACACUGCAAAACAUUUGAAAAGGACUUGCUGCCUGCAGCUUUCCGGUCCAUGGAGCGGGCUCAGGCACUGCUGUCUCAACUUUGCCCAAACUACUUCCAAGAACUUGAUACAAGCCAGCCCGACAAAGUCAGAAUCCUGGAGCAAUUUUAUUCCUUUGUGGCACGACGGGAAGCAACUGCUUCGCAAGACCCAUUGCGCCAAGGAUUUACCAGAGCUGAUCGUUUAGCUUUGCAUUCAGCAGAAGCACAGGCACUGCACCGUUUGAAACCCCAUGUGGAAAUCGUGCAAGCCUAUGAGUGGCACCAGGUCUCGGCCCGCAGGCAAGGAAACUUUGUGGCCUCUAUGUGUUCAAAGCUUCCUUCUGGCACUGCCCUCCUCCACGUCGAUUUCAAAGAGAACAUCAAGUACCCGAUGGGGCCAGAUGAGACGUCGGAGGAGUGGCACGCCCAGAACAAGCUCUCUUUGACCGUUUUCGGCGCCAAUGCAAGUGUACCGACGCAUGGCGGAGGAAGCAAAGAGUUUUUCAUCCUCGUGACCACCGACAUCUUAGAUCAUGAUGCUCAGGUUGACUGCAUGAUGGUGAGCGCGGUCUUGUCGCAUCUUUGCCCCCGUGCAGAUGUGGACUGGGGGUCUGUGAAUCACCUGCUGAUAGUUGCCGAUUGUGGCCCUCACUUUCGGAGCGAAGAGAACCUUGCGCAUUUUUGCGUUGCCUUACCUAUGACGCUCCGCAUGUUUGUUGAGGUUUGCUGGCUUGUGGAGCAGCAUGGCAACCCAGGCUACAUCAACCGUGCCCCUAUCCACAGCUUGGAUGAUCUCAUCAAGUGCUUCACAGAAGGAUCUGGACGCAUGAUGGCACAAGAUCCUGAUGGCCCCACCAUUCCACUUGUACAGUUCGCCCCUGGCGAACGCAGGCCAUCCAAACGCCUUUUGGUCAGCGAAAACUUCAAGAUUUCGCGAACAUACUUGCUCAUUGGUUCCCUGUCCUCGUCUGCGCACCAUGGGGCCAUGAUCCGCAACAAAACCUUUUCGGACUUAUCCCCAGGCGAUGUGCUCAGCUAUAGCAUAGCCUCCAAGACGUUUCUUUUGAAGAUCUGCCGCCUUGGCGAGUUGGAUGCUACGACAAGCCUCGUGCUUGGGAACAGCCAGGAGCUGAAGCAGGCAAAGAGAACAGUGUUACUCGCAGAUUCCGCGACCAAAAGACAAAAAAGGCCGCUUACAUGCCGAACCGAAGGCCAACCUUUUUGCAAAAUUGCUCUGACAAAAGUCUUUCCCUGCAGCGCGCUGCUGCAAAGAAACGCCGCCAGAAGCAGAGGCUACGUGGAGAGGAAUCUUCGUCUUCUUCCACAUCUUCUUCAUCUUCCGCCUCGUCUUCUCCAUCGUCGGAUGAAGAAUCUGUCUGACUGCCGAGCGCGUGCUGCUGCCAAAGAAAAAAUGCUUGACUCCGUGGAAGCAGAAUCAACUUACCAACCAUCCGCGGAAGCUGAAACUGUGGUGGCGGAAGCAGCGCGGAAGACCGCGCGGAAGACAA